AUGUUUAAUUAUUCUGGGAUGUUGCCAAAAAGUUAAAGUUUAUAUUUUCAUCCACCACUACAAGUACUCAAUACUAGAAAUGUCUAAACAGAACCUGAAAUCUCAAAAUAAUAACAUAGUACUUAGUAUUUUUAGCUUUAGAACCUCAUAAGAAAUACAGUGUUAUUACUGAUGACAAGAGGAAUCUCUUAAUCAAACAGGUUUUAGAAGAAGGGGUUUCAGUCAAAUUAGCUGCUUAAGCUAGUGAAAUUAAGUUAUCGACAGCAAAAGCAAUUUUGAAGACUUUCAAAACCUAAGGGAGAAUAGGCAAAAAGAAAGAACGCCAAAAACGACCAAAGUUGAAUAGGAAAACUGUUGAAAAACAAUUAGAUUAAGCAACAUUAAUUAAGAAGCAAUUGCCCAAACUUGGUCAAAAGUAAUAAUAUAAAACUAAAUUAGUUUCAUUUACUUACCCUAUAGCUAUUAACCUCCCCCUCUUAUUUAUAAAAUUGAGUAUUCUAAUGAUGUUAAAUCAGAAAUUUGA